AUGGGGAAACAGGUGCCAAAAAUGUCAGCUCGGGUAGUCAACGCGAUCAAGAAUCUGCGAGAGGUACACGGAUCCACAUCGAGGGAAAUCAUGAGCUACAUCAUGUCACAGUAUAGUGCUCCGGAGUUGACUAUACAAAGACAGAUGCAAGCAGCCCUGAAGCGAGGGUUGGACUACGGAAUCCUGAAGAGGCAGAAUGGCCACUAUUUCCUGAACAUGGAGGCGGACAUACCGCAGAUAAUGACGGCGGACUUACCGUCGAUGGAGCGAGCAAGGAAACGAAGACGAAGCAGACGACGACGUGGACGUCGUCGACGCAGCAGCAGAAGACGACGCGGAAAAAGUCGUAGGCGACGUCGCCGUUCGCGUCGCAGGAGCAGACGAAGGGGCGCUAAGACCAGGCGGGUCGGUUGCACGAAUUGCAGGUGCAACAAGAGGAAUAGGGAGCUGCAGCUCCUGCAGGACAGCCCGGUGGAGUCGAAGACCCAAGAGGACGAGAACAACCGCGAUAAGGACAACGACGCAGAACGUCGCAACAGGCGCAGCAAAAGUCGGAAUCGUAGCCCGACUCGUAGUCGAUCAUCGGUGAACAGCGAUCAAGAUGCCGCGAUGGAGGACGAUCGACAGACGACCCGUGAUCAAGAUUAA